AUGAGCGAUUGCAAGAUCAAUCCUCCGAAAGGACGGCUGUUCCUCACUCUGCUCCCGUAUGCUCCCGGGUCUGGGCACAACAAUGAGUGGGAGGAGGUGUGCAUGAACGUCCGAAUGAACCCGGGGCGUGAGACGCUUUCGAACACCGCGUCAUCACAAUCCAUGCUUCCUGAAGGGAUGGGAUCCAACCGCAUGAUCGUGUUUGCGAUUGAUUUGCACAUGAUUGCGGCGGGAAUCAAUCCGAUUGUAUUCCACCCGAGGGGAUAUUAUGCGAUCAAAGACAGUAUCCCUCUCGCCUGUAUGCCCAUUGCAUACUUCAUGGACACGGGAUCCCUAGUGUUCAACACGGCCUUCAAAUACACUGGAGGUCCGAAGUUCGGCACUGGCCCCAAGAGAGGAGACCACAAACGAGAAACGUGGCCACUCGCUAGUUUCGACUGCCCCAUGUGUGGAGCAUCAUUCCCGGUGGGUCUCCACAUGUGCCACUCUUGCACCAAGCCGAUUCACUAUCCUGAUGGGAUGUUCUACGCCGAUCCUGUGAACCCCUUUCAGGUCGAGUACUAUGGAAGUCAUGCCGAAUGGCUCAACGAGCUCAUUGAGCGAAACGAGCUUAAAGAAUUCCGACUUCACGAGUACCCUGCGAUCAAGCAGCUGAGGAAUUUCCCGGUGUCUAGGUCCCUCGCUGAGGAUCACAGGCAAACCGCGUUCUUCGGGGUGCCACCGAUCAAAUGCACUGCAGCUGAUACAUCGCCGAAAGAAGUGGAGUUGUUCAAGAAGAGCGUGCGCGGAACGAUUCAAGGCGCUAUUCGAUUGGACAUAUCCAUUGAGAGGCUUGUUGCCGGUAUCACUGGCAAGGAAGCUCGGUGCGGUGUGGAAGAGUUCCUCAACUCGCAAUCGAUCGCCUGUGCAAUCACGAUAGUCAAGCACUUCGGCGCGGUCUUCGCCACAUGCCGCGAAAAGCCACUGUGCUACUAUGCACGAUGGUCGAUUCACUGUCAACGCGCAUACCGAGUCUGCCUGUCGCGCGGCUAUCUCUCCCCCUUUUACACAGGGGGAACGAUCGAUUAUACCGUCGAUUCAGACAUGGUCGAGAAAAUCCGGCUUGCGCAUCUGCCAUUGCAGAACGCCAAUCUGGCGAUGAGACGGCAAAUUCGACUUUCCACCGAGUUUGGAACGUUGGAUGAGUUCCGCGCCACUAUCACGGACACGCAGAAGUAUCAGCGAUACAUGCGUGUCGAUAGUGAAAGCCUUUCCGCGCUCCUUGCCAAGGUUACCCUUACAACGUGCUACGGCAUUCCGAUGAAAGGUGAACCUGGCUACAUCUCCGACGAUGAAGCAGAGGAGAUCGAAGGAACUGCAGCGGCAACUGAGAAGCCCAAAGGGAAAGGCAAAGGGGAAGAAGAACCCGACGUCCAAGCCACCGAUUGGCGUGAUUUGGACCCUUUGGGGCGGAAGUUCAUCCCGCACCAUACUGAUCCCCGAUUCACGAUUAUCGCUGACGGGAAUACGGCACUCCUUGAUGCCCCUGAAACGCCUGAUGAGAAGCGUAAGGAAUUCAAGGAGUUCGUUCGCGAUCACUCUGUCAAGAUUAAGGAAUGGUUCGACGAUGAUCGCGCGACUGAGAAGACGUUCUUCAAUCUUGUUGAAGGCGUAAAGGAUCAGCUCCCCGAUACUAAGAGAACUGACCCUGUUCUUAUGAAAAAGAACGAAGAUGUCUUCGAGGCUCUACCCGAUGAACUGGAAGAGCCUCAAGAACUGUUUGACGUCGCAGCUCGGCAGGCACGACGGCGUGAUGAUACGCCUCAGCGCAGAGUGCAGGCCACCGAGCAACGGCACGCGUCGAUUCCCGAGGCUCACGCCGUCCCCGUUCCUCCGGAUGACGAGGACGAGGAUGAUGCUGAGCUUGAACGGGCGAUCCGACCCGGUCCGAAGUCACAACGCACUGGGCGAGAGCAUCUCGGAGGUGUCGCUCCUGAGACGAAUCCGCCCCCGCCUCGCGAGAUGCCGCCUCCGUCAAAUCCACCGAGUCGGAAGACGUCGAGGCAAUCGGGCUACAAUGUUCCCCACGCUGAUGGGGAGACACUGAUGGUCUCAGGAAGGGCACCCUACUCCGAUCAAAUGGGUCUACCCUUGGUACUGCGAAUGAAGACCCGGGUUCCGGAACCUGAUUUGGACAACCCGACGAUUGAAGAUAUUAUUCGCAUGUAUCACGCACCGAACACGCUGCCUGUUGUCAGGAAGAAAGUCGCCAAUGUCAUCAUUUCGAUGAAUGCAAAUCCCGAUGACCCUAUCAAUAUGAAGGCGGCUGGCGUGAUUGUUCCCUCUGCCGAGGAAACAGGAGCGGGAAGAACCGCCUCGCCUGGAGGCACGUCCGCUACUACGCAGGAGCGGAUCAACCCCAAGUUCCCUGCACCAAAUACUCGCACUGCUUCGAACCCACCUUCGAAAUCAGCCCGCGACGAGAAAUGGGCUCCUUCGAUUGUGCGGCCAACCCCUGGUCGGGUGAUUACUAGUGCAGAGGCGCGGGGGCGUCCACAACAGCGUGUUGUUGAGACUGCGGAUCCCGCACCUCCAGCCCCAUCCGAUUCCGCUUCGACUGAGCCACGAUCUCGCACGAUGGGCCCGGCCAAAGAAACAACGGCCAAAGGCAAAUCCCGCACUGGCUCAAACGUGGCAGGCCUCAUCGAUGAAGCUGAUGACACGAGGGCGGCUCAGAGCAUCUUUGUGCGCCAGUGCUCCAGACUGUGCUCUGGUCCUGACCACGUUGCGGUUCUGCAGAGAACCGAGAACGGAGUUGUCCUUGCCGAGAAGCGUGGGCUCGAGCGGAGGGCUCGGAGCUGUGCGAGAUUGUGCGAGAUUGUGCGAGUGAUCUCAGGCCCUGCAGAGGAUGCACAGGCCGGCGGGCCUUUCCGGGCCCCUUCGAGAGAGUCUCGCGAAGGGAGAGUGCAGCGAUCGCGAGUUGCCGGGCGCGGCGGCCGAGAGGCCGAUGCGGAUGCGGCCGUGGAGACGGCGCAGUCCAAGCCGGCCGAGAGACCGCGGAAGCGCAGGCCACGGUGGCAGUGUGGUGGGUGGCGGCCCCGGUCCGGUGGGCCAUGGCAACUUCAGCCUGUUCUCCUGCUCUUGUAUCAUCUGAGGAUUUCUGAUUGGCAAGGGCGGCGAGACCUUGCGCAGCAUGGAAGUCAGCAGCACAGCCACCAUCAAGAUCGACCAGACCUCCAAGGUACUUAUUUCAUUUGCAAGCGAGACGACCAGGGCAGGGCAUCGGUCCUUUUCGACAGGAGAUGGGCUACAGCAUGGUCCGCAUCACUGGCUCUGAGCAGGAGAGCGGGCAGGCCUGCCAAGCCUGGAGCAUUGCGUCUCUCCGUGGAGGCCGUGGCCGUGGCCAAGGCGCUGCUAGACGGUCGCAUUAGCGAAAAGCGACAAAACGCAUCCGGCAUGCACCGGAACCGCACGGAGGCGAGGCGGCCAGGCAGAAAGGCAGAGUCUGUCCCGACCCUCUCAUUUCUGCAACCACAGGUGCAGCAAGGGCAAGAGGCCGGGGGAAGCGGGGCCGUUGGCUGGGAGACGCAGAUCGAGCAGCCCUGGUCUGCCGUGGGCUUCUUCAUUGGGAAGCAGGGGGAGUACAUCAAGAGAAUACAGGCACAGACGGGUGCCACCGUGGUCAUCGACCAAGAGACGAAGGACUACGGGUAUAGCAUGAUCCGCAUCAUGGAUGGGCCAGGAUUGCGAGAAGCCUCCGAGAUGGUGAAGUACAGGCUGGACCAAGUGAAGGAGGCAGCUGUCCAGCGUGCACCCGCAGGCGAGUACGAGGAGCUCUCGGUUCCUCAAGGCCAAGUCGGGGCGAUCAUCGGCCGUGGUGGCGACACGUUGCGGCAGAUCAAAGCAGAGAGUGGUGCAAUUAUCGUUCUCAGCCAGGAGACCAAAGGACAGGGAUUCAGCACAGUGCGCUUUGCUGGAAGUCAAGAUGCGGUUCUGAAAGCCAAAGACCUUGUCCAGCAGAGACUAGCCGAGCGAGAGUGGGCAGCACAGGGUGCCUACGGGGGUGGCGGUGGCAAUUGGAGUGGAAGCUGGCAGUAUGGCAAAGGAGAUUUCGGUGGUGGCAUUAACCCACCGCCGCCGCCACAUGGCAAGGGCAAAGGAGAUUGGGGCGGCGGGGGUCUGGGACUGAGCGACGAUUGGGGCUCUGCAGGGUUUGGAGAUGGCUUGGGCCACCCCGGCAAUGACUUGGGGCAAGGCCAAGGCUUGCCUGAUGCACUGCCGCCCAUCGGUGGUCCAAUAGGCGGUCCUCCUCCUCUGGCAGCGCCACAGGGUCUAGGUCAGCCCAUGCCUCAGCCCAUGGGCCUGGGGGGCCCCUUGCCCGGCCCGCCUGGCCCCUUGCAAAGUUCACCCUGCAUGGGGGCUCCUUUGGGUCCUUUGAAUGCACCACCUUUAGGUCAGCCGCUGCAGUCCCUGCAACCUCUGCAGCAAUCCAUGCCCCUUCAGGCGCAACCUCUCCAGUCAUUACACUACCCACUACAACCACCCCCACCACCCCCAAUGCAGCCGCUUCCAAUUCAACAGCAAUUGGUACUUCAGCCUUUGCCCCUCCAAACACAACCACAACUCCAACUCGGUGCUUACCAAAUGCCAGGCUUCGCAUGA